AUGUAUCGGCCUUUCUAUCAGUGUUUCGGCCAGUGUGUCGGUCUUUCUAUCCGUGUUUCGGCCAGUGUGUCGGUCUUUCUAUCCGUGUUUCGGCCAGUGUGUCGGUCUUUCUAUCCGUGUUUCGGCCAGUGUGUCGGUCUUUCUAUCCGUGAAUCGUCCAGUGUGUCGGUCUUUCUAUCCGUGAAUCGGCCAGUGUGUCGGCAUUUCUAUCCGUCGCCUUUAUUCUCGCUCUCUUUCUUUCUCUUGCUCUCUCUUUCUUUCUCUUGCUCUCUCUUUCUUUCUCUUGCUCUCUCUUUCUUUCUCUUGCUCUCUCUUUCUUUCUCUCGCUCCCCACCUCUCUCUCUCUCUUUCUCUCGCUUUCUCUUUCUCUCUCUCUCUCUUUCUUUCUCUCUCUCUCUUCUCUCUCUCUCUCUCUCUCUUUCUUUCUCUCUCUCUCUCUCUUUCUCUCUCUCUCUCUUUCUUUCUCUCUCUCUCUUUCUUUCUCUCUUUUUUACUUUUUCCCGCUCUAUUUCUCUCUGUUUUCUCUCCCUCUCUCUCAAUGUAUAA